CUGACCGAACCUCCUCGAUGUUUGCCUCUGAUGGUGCUUUAACGGUCUGGCCUCUGCCUGUCAUCUUCUACCAAACCAACACCCUUCACCCCACCCCAGCGUCAGGUAUUUGCAUAUUUAUUGUGUCUGGGCCUGAGAUGGAAAGGUGGAGUCUCAUCACGAAAGCUUCUUUUUCCCCCCACCCUUCUUUUGAGGCUCCCUUAGUACUAUCCACUUCAGAGUUUUAGGAAGGCUCUGUUACACAAAGCGACAUUCUGAUAAGGAAAAUUGUCAUCCAGCAUCAAUAUAAGACACGAGAAAAAAAGAAUUAACUAAGGGACACAAACAAGCAAAUGAAAGGGAAAACGCACCAGAUGUUUGCCAGCCCUACGCCUGUCCCGUUUACAUUUCCUGGAGUGGGACCUUACUUUUCUCCUCUCCCUUCGGCGUUUGCUGUGUCGCGCAAACUCUUGGUGGGAAACUGUUAAGAGAUAAAUAAUGCUUGUGCUGAAGAGAAGCUGGUAUAAGGGUCCACCAGGUUGCCCUCUGUCUGGAUUGGGUCUGUAGGCAUAGCAUCAUGGUGUGGUGUGAUCGUGGGGUCCAGAUGUUGCUGACCACCGUGGGGGCUUUUGCUGCCUUCAGUCUGAUGACUAUAGCUAUAGGCACCGAUUACUGGCUGUACUCGAGAGCUCAUAUCUGCAACGGUACCAACAUCACAACAGAUGACACUCAAGGGCAGCCCAAGAAACCGAAAGGGGACAUGACCCAUUCAGGACUCUGGAGAAUCUGCUGUAUCGAAGGCUUGUACAAAGGCAGUUGUUUCAGGAUUAACCACUUCCCAGAGGACAAUGAUUACGAUCACGACAGCUCAGAGUACCUUCUGCGUAUUGUCCGUGCCUCAAGUGUUUUCCCAAUUCUGAGUACUAUUUUGCUUUUGGUUGGAGGACUUUGUGUCGCAGUUGGAAGAAUUUAUAGCAGCAAAAACAACGUUGUUUUAAGUGCUGGGAUUCUUUUUGUAGCAGCAGGGUUAAGCAAUAUUAUAGGAAUCAUUGUCUACAUAUCGAGUAAUGCUGGUGAUCCAAGUGACAAAAAAGAUGAAGACAAGAAAAGCCAGUACAACUAUGGAUGGUCAUUUUAUUUUGGUGCCCUGUCUUUCAUCGUGGCAGAAGCUAUAGGUGUGCUUGCUGUAAACAUUUACAUUGAGAAAAAUAAAGAGAUAAGAUUUAAGUCUAAGAGGCAGUUUCAUAAGACUUCUUCUGCCUCUCCAUAUGCAAGAAUGCCAAGUUAUCGGUAUAGCAGGAGGAGAUCGCGAUCAAGCUCAGUGUCGACAGAAGCCUCGCCAUCUAGGGAUACAUCGCCUGUGAGUACAAAGAUGGUGAGCUCUUUACCAAUGGGUGAAAUCUCUAUGUACACAUUAACAAGGGAUCCUCUAAAGGUAACAACAGCAGCUGCCUAUAGCCCAGAAGAUGAGGCCACUUUUCUUCAGGUUCAUAAUUGCUUCCAGAAGGACCUUAAAGAAGGACUUAACAUCAGUGUUGUCAACCGAAGAACAACUCCUGUUUGAAGGCUUUCUAUUUUCCCCUCAUCUCACAGACAUCCAAAAGUGAACACUAGUAAUGAGCCAUAGCAGAUAAAGGAAGUUGUACGCUUUGUUUUCAAGACUGAAGAUAGCUAUCAGAGUAAUGAUAAAUGUUGCCAUCUUCUUGUUUCCUGCUACAAUGCAAUGGGACAAUUAUACUUGUAAUAUUAUAACAGAAGACUUUUUUGUGGUUGCGGACCACUAAUAUGAAGAUACCAGGAAGUAUCACAACAAAGAGCAUUCACUUAAUAGUGUACAAAGGAAAAAAGGGUAGGGCAAACAUAUGUUUUCUAACACAGGAAUGUUUUGCACAUCUAGCACAUAUGACAAAAACUGCUGUCUUUUCUUUUUUUCUGUAGAUCAUAUGGAAUUAGAAAAUUUAAAAAAAAUGUGCAUCCCAGUGCCCUUUAAUGAUAUUUCCUACCUCUACUUUUAUUUUAAGGUCUAUAAAAAGCAGUGGUGAUAAUAGUACAAAUAUUGAUGAUGCUGAUGUGUGUUUAUGCCAGCUUUCAUUUGCAGGAUUUUAUACAGGUAGACAAAGACGAAAACAGUCAGAUUCUGUAAAGAUUCAUAAUAUACAUUAUACUAGUUUCCCAGCAAGUGAAAUUCCCAAAACUGUGAAUCUUAAGUCUAGCAACAAGCACAUCAAUAGUGAAGAGAAAAUGUUAGCCUAAUGCAUAUAAAGUAACUGAAAACAAUGACAAUGAAAUGGAUGAAACCUAUUUUUUACGGGCUAGAUAGUUUGCCAUUGACCAAAAAUCUCCUGCCCUUCCACAUGGACUAAAUUAUAUAACACUGAGGCCUGUUAGGUAGGAUGGCUUUCAGAAACAGACUGUGGAUUUGCACCAUGUUUAUAUUCCAAAUUAUUCCAAAUGUACAGGUGUAUGAAAAUUAAAGGAACAGUUCAAAGAAUCAAUUCACAGCAAAGCAAGCCUAACCUUUAUAUGCACAAGUCUGUCUUUCAUAACGAGUGUACUGAAUAUACACUAUUAAUCAGCAGCAUAUUUUAUAAAGUAUAAUUUUACUGAAAUUUUAAUAGUAUCACAAAUGUGAGCAAGUGCUUCCACUCACCUUUUAAAUGUUAUUGUUCUGAAAAAUGUAUACAAAGAACUGUGCUUUGUUUACGUAAGUCUAGUGAAGUAAAUAAGUAAACUAGUUAGUGAAUUAGUCUGUCUCCCACAUGAAAACCUUAAGGGUUGUAAAAUUCUGUAUGUCAUACUCUACAGAACAUGCACAGAACAGAAUUCCCAAUUUUAUGUCGUAUUGAUGUUACUUUCUAAUUUUUAAGUGUUCUGCAUUAAUACAGAUUUUCUAAUACAGUCCAUUGUGAUAGUUUCAAAACAGUAUUAGAAAACACAAAAUAAUGUGUCAUCGAAGUAUGUAUUUUUCUUUAUUGUAUAGUUAUUAUAGUAUUAAACAUAUCCGUGUUACUAAAUAGUCUCAUAAUAGCCAUUGUUUAAUAUGUACAAUUAGCUGAGAAGUAGGAAGUCUGUUUUCCUGCAUUUCUUGUAAAUAUCUAUUUGUUAAUUGGAGGAUUAGAUAUAGGGUAUGCUUCCAAAACUUGUCAAUGUAUUUGAGGUGCUAGAGCAUUUUCACCUUAAUACUCCGAAACAGUCAGACAUUUGUAGUUCUGCCUGUUUCUCCAAAUAACAUCAGACUUACAGUGCUGUUACUGGUAUGUUUUUAUCAUAUUACUACAGUCUAUAUUUUAUGAGCCAUUGGGAUUUCUGAUUCAGUGAUUUUUUAGCAACACUCUGUUCCAAUUUAUCAUUAACAUAUCAUAAAUUCCUCAGGCAUUCUAAACUGGGCUUAAACUAGGAGCUCUGUUAUUACUAACUGGAUCCAACUCUAUCCGAUUUUUUAAAAUAUUUUUUUAAAUAUCUUCCCCUGGGAUUAUUCUUCAACUGUAUAUAUACUAGAGUCUUUAAAAAGACUACUCAGAAUGUAGUGACGUAUAUUUCCAGUGGUAAAAAAAAUGCAUAUCUCUGUUUCAGAAUAAGUAAGAAUGUAUACGCUUGUUGGUGUUUCAUUUGAUUUGCAUUUUAAAGGAAUUUAAAGUACAAUUCAUUUUAAGGUACAAGUUAUGUUAAGUUUUACUAGGUGGCUAAAUGGAUCGGUAAAGUGACACUAAGUGGCACAUAGUCACAUAAUUUUCAAAUGCCAUAGAAACACACUGUGGAUUAUAUAAUAGUUUAUUGUUCACCAUUUUUUAUGAUAUGUUUGCAAAGUUGUAUUGUUCAGUGUUAUGAUGCUCCAUACUGGCGUAAGAGAAAUGUUCGACUAGUUGCGUUUCUUAACACAACAACACUGCAUUCUGUCUAUAGAGUACACUGACACUGUGAUGAUUGGCUUCAAUCAUAUCAGCAGUUUAAAAUGACUGUUAUAAAUAAUGUAACUUGCCAUGUGACUACUUUAGUAAUGGCCUCGUGAAGUUGACUUACCAAAAAUGCACAUAGAAAGGGACAUAAAUGCUAUUUAUGAUAUAAUUUAUAAACUAUGAUUCAGAGUUACAGUAUCACCAUCUUUUUGUUAAGGUUGGGUAAAAAACUUACAAAACGUAUAAAUGGCCUCCCAUUCUACACCACCCAAUGUGGUUAAAUGCAGUGUGAUAAGACAAAGUGUAUUUCGGAUUUCUUCAAAAACUGCAGUUUUACUUUGCUACAGGUAUGGUUUCUGCUCUACAUAAAAUUAAAUAAAAACAGUAGCAGUAGAAUACUGUUUAAGCUGCCUGAAAAAGUACUUUGGAUUAAAUACUGCAAUGUGGUGGUUAUGAUCUGAAGCUCACUGUGAUGAUAUUUUUAAAACUGAUGAUGACUUAGAAAUUUAGAAGUGAAUAUGUGAUCUAGGAAAGUCAGUCCAAGUUUUGUUCUAUUUUUCUACUCAGUAUUAAUAUCACUCACUUGUUUUGAGUUCAUGCUAAACAGAAUACAGUUCACCAUAAUUCAAAUGCUUAGUCUUAAGUAACACAUUUCUUAUAUUAAUUUUCUAGGAUGAUUUAUAUCCUUUUAAAUGAAUUCACAGACACUAAGUACUGAUACAGUAUUAAUGUAGAGCUCAUCACCUGAAUUUUUUAAUGUUCUGCUUGGAUCUUUUUAUUCCAGUUGCUGUUUUACAGAUACCACUUAUAUAAUCAAAUGGUGUAGUGUUGAAGUGGCAUAUGAUUGUUGCAAAAUUAAAUGUUACUGCAGUUAAGCAAAAUUGUCUUAUAAUAUACCUACAUUUAUACAAUCUGUACAAUUUUCUUUUUCUAUAAUAAAAUAAAAUGAAACAUC